CAUCCUCAUCCUUCUUGCUAUUGCUUUGAGACCUCUGGGAUUAAAAACAAACAGUCUUAGAAACAAUAUUACACAUACAAUUAGCAAAAGCCCAAAGAGAGGGUUUCUCACUUCUCAAUUAGUUCCUUAACUAGAGAUCUUUCAAAAUGGUGAGAGCCCCAUGCUGUGAGAAGAUGGGUUUGAAGAAAGGUCCUUGGACUUCUGAGGAAGACCAAAUUCUUAUCAACUACAUUCAACGGCAUGGCCAUGGCAAUUGGCGUGCUCUUCCUAAACUUGCCGGUUUAUUAAGGUGUGGAAAGAGUUGCAGGCUACGAUGGACGAACUAUCUGAGACCGGAUAUCAAACGAGGGAAUUUUAGCCCAGAAGAAGAAGAAACUAUCAUCAAAUUACAUGAAAUGUUGGGAAAUAGAUGGUCGACAAUUGCAUCUAGAUUACCUGGCCGUACAGAUAAUGAAAUAAAAAAUGUGUGGCAUACCCAUUUGAAAAAGAGACUCAGACACAACCAUAACACUGAGGAAACAAAACGACGGCGCUCCACUGCCAAUAUUAUUUCCAAGCAAAACCAGGAGGCCAAGAAGGAAGAAGACUCUACCAUGAUUAAUUAUAAUAACAAUUUUUCAAGCAAUGUUAUUAAGACAAAAUCUGAAAGCAUAGAGUAUAAUAGACCAGUCUCACCACCACAGUCUUCCAGUGAGAUCUCCUCGGUGACCACCGGUACCACCGAUAGUAACAACAACAACAAUGAUGACUUUAGCAUGAAUGUCGAAAAUUUCUCCGAAAUAAUGGACGAGAAUUUCUGGUCAGAAGUUUUGUCAUCAGCAGAGAAUUCUGAUGAGGUGGUGAAUGAUUUCUCAGCCAUGGGUAAUGUGGAACAAGAGCUUCAAUUUCUCAACUCUCCAAUAGCGUCUAUGGAGCUUGUUCAUGGUUCAAAUUCGUACGAUAGUGGCAUGGACUUUUGGUACAACAUCUUCACAAGAGCUGGUGAAACAUCAGAAUUUUUGUUACCAGAUUUGUGACCCAAAAAAAAAAAAAAAAGUACUUACUUUUUUUUUUUUUUUUUUCUAAUACUUCUUUUAGAUGGGAAAAGGGCACGAAUUAAUCAUUGCUAGUUAGCUGGCCAAUUUGUUGAUCCUUAGGAUACUUAGGACAAUUUUUAACGCGGCAAAGUUGUCAAAUUUAAUUAUACAAUGUAUAGAUACUAAUUAAUUUGGCUGUGGAUUAAUUAGAAUUUCUUUCUUUUU